CACCACCAUCACCCCGUCCCCCCUCGUCGUUCCCGCCGUCCGUCGCCCACCAUGCCCACCUGCAGGCGCAAGCGCGUCAUGCUCACAGAGGCAUCAGACGCUCUCCUCGUCGCCCUCAAGACUGACCCAGACAAGGAGGUAUAUUAUAUGGAGCAGACAGGCGAGAUUUUCGACACCUAUGAGGCUUUUGCUGCCAGAAUGUCCUUCUACCACCUCAAACAAUUCCAGUGCGAGGUCACCGGGAAGAGCGGUAUGAACUAUUUCCAAGCGCUCGAGAGCGAACAGCAGGAAGCGCGUACCAUGCACAGUCGCUUUCCUGAACAACUCAAGCCUGCCAUCCUCAGAGCCGUUCAGUGGCAGGUCAUGGGUCGUUUGGACCAUCUCGUUGAAGCCGUGUAUGACCGUUUCAAAGACCGCUAUUUCCGCGAUGAAAAGGUCUAUGUUGAUGUUCAAGGAGACAAGUUCUUCGCCCGCGUCGUUGAAGUCUUUCCUCCCCGUCCUCCUUCACCACCCAAACCGGACACCACCCCCAUCGCGUCCACCUCUUCCCAACCACCACCUUCACCACCGAAACGUCCCUCUCUACCCAUCCACGACAUCCGCGGCGACCUCAAGACGCCGGCCAAAGAAGUCAACGCGGCCGACGAUCCUCAGAAGUACUACUACAAGGUCCAGCUGCUAGAGGAAGAGAAGAGCGAGAGUGCAAAGGACAAGAUGGCUGCGUAUGCGAAGGAGGCAAGGGCAAAGUGGACUGGGAGCUUGAUGGAGGUUCAAUGUCCCGUCAUGAGUCGCGACCGUCUAGCAUUCUCGAAGAGCAUCCUCCGCCGGUUUAUUCGUGACUGCGUAGAUCGCAGUCCAGCCGUCGCAUCCCCUUGGAUCGUCAAGAAAGCCGUUGCGGGUCGGUAUGGUGUUGAGACGCUCAUGCCCGAGUCGACGCGUCAGGGAGUCGAGGAUAUCAAGAAGGGAGAGAUACAGAAGAGGAAGAAGGUGUGGGAGGACAAGGAAGGUCCAAUAGCCAAGAAGCCAAAGAAGUUGACCCCUCUUCAAGAGGAACGAGCCAAAAACGCGGCGAUAGCUGCUGAGAAGAAAGAGCGCGAGGGGAAGGAGAAAGCCGAGAGGCAAGCAAAAGUGAAGGAGGAGGCGGAGCGUUUGGCUGGCGAGAAGGCUGCGCUGAAAGAAAAGGCGGCAAAGGAGAAAAAGAAACCGGUGAGGUAUCCUACGGAGGACUUGGACGUCACGCUUUCGGACAAGGAGAAGAAGGCCGGGGUGAAGGUGAAGAGGCCUGUACCGAGUCGAGUGUCCUUGCCGUUCAACGAGAAGCCGGGAGUAUUUGAACCCUUUUUGAUGAGUUGGAAUUUUUUGGCCGUUUAUGGGCACCCGUUACAUCUCUCAACUUUCACGCUAGACGAGUACGAACACGCUAUACGACACUCCGUCGAACCGCAUGCCUGCGAACUUCUCGCUGAAGUUCACUCCUCUCUCAUCUACAACCUACGCACAGUUUCUUUCACGCGACACAGUGCGGUCACUUCCCUCUGGCAACUCAAGAAUGACGAGGUGAAUGAGAGCACGGAGAUGGGUAUCACGCUUGACGAACUUAUCAAUGCGUUGGCGGGCGUGGGAAACAAUUGGGAGAGAGAUCCUCUGAGGCAUACUGAAGGGAGGGCGGGGUGGGAAGAGUCGCUAGUAGGAUGUCUGAAAGACCACGCCACUCUCGAGAACUUCCCCUCUCUCCGAUAUAUUCUUACUCGACUACUCUUUAAACCAGUAGAUGGCUACCCCUCGCCUUCAAGUUCGCGGCCGUCUACUCCCGAGCUUGGCUCUGUGGCGGCACCAGCCGAGACUUAUUACACCCUUCCGCCAGAGGACAGGAUCGCGAUUCUGUCGUUCUUGUGUAAUAUUGCGGUUUCGAGUAAGGCGAUACACGGGUAUAUGGAGACGUGCGAAGAGCAGUUGACCGCUCUGCGGAAAGAGAAGAUCGAGGUGAAUCGGUCGAAGAAGCAAUUCAUCGAAGAACGCGACGCCCUAAUCGCAGAGGAGAAAGGCGAAGAGCCAAAGUCGAACGGUAACGGCAGCGCCAACGGCGUCUUAACACUCGAUGCUCAAGCCCCACCCCACGACGCCACCUCCGACCUCUCCGACCUCUCCGCCUCCGAGAACGGCUCGGAAUUGUCUCCCUCUACAUCUCUGAAACCCUCCAGAUCGCAAGACAACAUGAACCUGCUCCGCAAAGCUCAAUCCCAAGCGCAUGCCAAACAGCGCGAAGCCGCCCGGCUCCGUACCGCGUCUAUCAAACAGGCCCAGGCCGAACGUCGACGGCUCGACGAAGAGGUGAAUAAACUUGAGCGGAGGCUGGAAGGGAUCGAGAGGGAGUUCAGGAAGUUGUUGGGUGCGAUUAGGGUCAAGCCGUUAGGGAAGGAUAGGUUUUUCAAUAGGGUGUGGUGGUUCGAUGGGAUGGGGAGCGCGUCGUUGUUGGGGAGCGGAGGGACGGUGCAGUAUGGGACGGGGAGGAUUUUUAUACAGGGGCCGAGUGUGUGGGAUCAGGAGGUGUUGGAUAGGAGGCCGCUUGAGGAUGGGGUUAUUGGGCGGAGGAGGGCGGAGGAGGGUGAGGAGGGGAUGUUGGGAGAUGGGGAGUGGGCCGUUUAUACGGAUUUGGAGGAGGUGGACGAGUUCGCGGCUUGGCUUAAUCCGAAGGGUAAUCGUGAGCUGGCGUUGAAGAAUGCAUUGCAGAAGUGGUGGCCCCAUGUGGCGCCUGGGAUGCGAAAGCGCAUUGCUGAUAUGAAUAAUACCGCUAAACUGCCUGAAGCCCGAAGAAGCGCUCGAAAGCAUACCGGACCGGAUAUUUCGAGGGAGCCGUAUAUGUUGUGGACGAAUCGUAGAGCGGUCAAUGCCUCAUAGACGACACUGACUCCGAUAUCGGCCCUCCUCAUCUUACAUCCAACACAGUACAACAAUGUCUCAUCAUUCGCACUCGCACUCACGUCGACAUCCCUGCACGUUUGCACUCAUCACCAGCGUCCUUGAUCUCCGCUGUCCUAUAAGUGCCAUCACUUUCUUUUUCGCUUGGUUAAAUCUGCCCACCUACCUCCCCAUCUCCUCUCCAUGGCUCGUACUUCCUCGUCCGCUUCCAUUGGUUCUCAAGUCCUUGAUUGCUCGCGCAAAUACUGUAACCCCCUUUUUAUCUUAUUUCCCGGUCAUCGCUCGUGAAUCCGAAUCAUUCAACAACUGGACCAUGCCUGUCUGCUCAGAAUCAGGAAUUGAUUCUUCCGCAUCUCACGAUUACGAUUCAUUGCCGUUACUUUCGU